CUGACCCAACUCUCUGGUGACAGUUGAGAAUCGAAACAGCAAAAAUGUACAAACCUUUUCUUCGUUCAUCCAAAACUGUCACAUCGGUCACUCGCACACCCAUCUUCCCGCCAAAAACUCCACCACUCUUCUUCUUCUUCUUCUCCUCUUCAUCACCCCAUGAACAAGAUAACCAAAACCAAAACCAACGACGACAAGAACAACAAAAUCAGAGACAAAAACAAGGAACUUUGGUUUCCAGUUCAAAAUCUGCAUUUCCGUCUCCAUGUCGAGUCCAGAAACUCAUAUCCUCACAAUCAGACCCUCUCUUGGCCAAAGAAAUCUUCGACUACGCCUCUCGCCAACCCAAUUUUCGCCACACUUAUUCUUCCUAUCUCAUUCUCAUCCUGAAACUUGGUCGCGCUAAGUAUUUUUCUUUUGUUGAUGAUAUUCUUAUUCACCUUAAAUCCAGUCACUAUCCCGUCAAUGCCACUCUUUUUACUUAUCUAAUCAAAAUCUAUGCAGAAGCCGAUUUACCAGAAAAAGCUCUAAAAACAUUCUAUACAAUGCUUGAGUUUGACUGCAAGCCUUUGCCUAAACACUUAAAUCGCAUUCUUGAACUUCUUGUUACUCACCGGAACUAUAUCCGGCCUGCUUUUGAUCUCUUCAAGAAUGCCCAUAAAUACGGUGUUUUUCCCAAUACCAAAUCCUACAACAUUUUGAUGCGUUCGUUUUGUUUAAACGGGGAUUUAAGUAUUGCAUAUUCAUUGUUUAACAAAAUGUUUAAGAGAGAUGUUAUGCCUGAUGUGGAGUCAUAUCGGAUUUUAAUGCAGGGGUUGUGUAGGAAGAGUCAGGUGAAUACAGCAGUUGAUUUGUUGGAGGAUAUGUUGAAUAAAGGGUUCGUACCAGAUACGUUGAGUUAUACUACAUUGUUGAAUAGUUUGUGUAGGAAGAAGAAGCUUAGGGAGGCUUAUAAGCUUCUCUGUAGAAUGAAAGUUAAAGGGUGCAAUCCUGAUAUUGUUCAUUAUAAUACGGUAAUAUUGGGGUUUUGUAGAGAAGGACGUGCAAUGGAUGCUUGUAAGGUUCUUGAGGAUAUGUCUUCCAAUGGAUGCUUGCCUAAUUUGGUGUCUUAUAGGACUUUGGUUGGUGGAUUAUGUGAUCAAGGUAUGUUUGAUGAGGCGAAGAAAUAUAUGGCUUUGAUGUUUUCAAAGGGAUUUUCUCCACAUUUUUCAGUUUCUCAUGCUUUGAUAAAGGGUUUUUGUAAUGUUGGCAAGGUUGAAGAUGCUUGUGGAGUGAUGGAGGAAUUGCUGAAGUUUGGGGAAGCUCCACAUAAGGACACUUGGGUAAUGAUAGUUCCUAGGAUUUGUGAAGUGGAUGAGACUGAGAGAACAGAGGAAAUUUUGAACAAGGUUAUGAAGGUAGAAAUUAAACCUGACACAAGAAUAGUGGAGGCAGGUAUUGGUUUGGAGGAUUACUUGAUUUGGAAGACACGAUCUAGAUCACCGAGAGCUUGAACAUGUGUCCGUAUAUAAUAAUCUAAUUUAGUUUUCCCCCUUAAAAACCGAGCUGGCUACGGAUCUUGUUUUAUGAGUGAAAAUCCAGUUCUUUUAUCAUACUUGCUAUGCUUCAAUCUUUUUAAGUGAUUUAUAUGUUGUACACUUAUCUCAUUAUAGCAUACUGUGAACUGUUAAUUGACCAGUUAUUUCCUUUCUUGGAUUUCUAUCUGACUUGGAUUUUUGGCUGUGAUGUGAAGAAUUGUAAGUUAGCAAAGUAUCCAAUGUAAUAUAUUGUUUAUCUGUCUUCUGCUCGGCUUUUGUUAAGACCACAGCUACAAACAAUUUCUGUUGAAUGUAAUUCUAAUUGCAGGUGGUUUUAUAAGUAAUUACGUUGCGUUGGUUCACUGUUCUAAGGAAGGCUUGAGCGGUAAAAUGUGUUGAUCAGCUAUUGUUUUAAGUGUUUGUGCGUUGGGUCAGUCGAAGGGGGAUUCGUUGUUAACAAGACUGCAUAUACACAAACACCAAUGCACAAGUUUGUACACACCGAUAAUAUACCCAAUAUGUGAUCCU